AAGACAAGUGAUACAGCAUUGCACAGCAAACCUUCACCUAUACAACGUUGUAAUAGGCAAUUAAAACACGCACCAAUUAAAUCAGGCAACCACACUGGUAGACGGUGAGUCAAAAAAGGAAUAGCCAAAUUCCAAUAUAUAUUUGGAAGAGGACUGGGAGAGGAGGAAAGUCUCUCAGGGUGAAUUCCUACAGUUGUGGUGACCAAGAGCAAUGGAGAGGAAGGUGGCCAUAAUCGGAGCCGGUAUCAGCGGCCUUCUAGCCUGUAAAUACGCUCUAUCGAAGGGUAAUCACCCGACAGUGUUCGAGGCUCAGAGCGGCCUCGGAGGGGUGUGGACUAAAACGGUAGAGAUUACUAAGCUGCAGAUUCCCAAACCGUUGUACCAGUUCUCCGAUUUUCCGUGGCCAGAUUCUGUCACAGAAGUCUUUCCUGACCAAAACCAAGUGUCAGAGUAUAUCGAGUCGUAUGCUCGCCAGUUUGAUUUGCUACACCACAUCAGAUUCGACACUAAAGUGGUCAGCAUCGACUACGAAGGUGUAUCAUCAGAGGUGCAACAAGCAUGGGCACUUUGGGGUGGAACAGGUGAACCAUUUGACUCUAAAGGAGGAAAAUGGUAUAUUACAAUCCAAGACACCAAAAGCCUUUCUACAGAGGUUUGUCAAUUUGAUUUUGUGAUAAUAUGUGUGGGAAGGUUCAGCGGGAUUCCAAACAUUCCAGAAUUUCCUCAAGGCAAGGGUCCGGAAGUGUUUCAGGGAAAGGUUAUACACUCCAUGGAUUACGCUGCCAUGGAUUACGCAACUGCUAAAGAAUUGGUCAAAGGAAAGCAGGUCGCUGUUGUUGGACUCCAGAAAUCGGCACUCGACAUUGCAAUGGAGUGCUCAACAGCAAAUGGGAUGGAUCUUCCCUGUUCUGUCAUAUACAGAACUGAGCACUGGAACAUCCCUGAUUUCCAGCCAUGGGGAGUUCCCUUGGCAUAUAUCUACCUUAAUCGCUUCUCGGAGCUAUCAAUUCACAAGCCUGGUGAAGGGCCUCUACUUAGUCUUCUAGCCACAUUGCUUUCUCCUGUGAGAUGGGCAUUUUCAAAAUUCGUCGAAAGUCAUGUGAAACACAAGCUUAAGCUCGUGAAGUUUGGUAUGGUGCCAAAACAUAGUUUCCUACAAGAACUGAGUUCCUGCUUGACCUCAACAGUGCCCGAUGACUUCUACAAUAGGGUUGAGAAGGGAAGCAUCAGAUUGAAGAAAGCUCCAAGCUUUAGCUUUUGCAAAGAAGGUAUUCUAAUAGAUGGCAAGACCGAAACUCUAAAGGCAGAUUUGGUCAUAUUGGCUACCGGAUUCAAUGGUGUUAAAAAGCUUCAAGACAUUUUCACCUCCCCAUCCUUUCAGGACCUCAUAGCCGGGUCACCUGAUAAAACAGUUCCUCUCUACAGGGAAUGCAUUCACCCCCGAAUUCCACAGCUUGCGGUCAUUGGAUUCUCGGAGAGUUUCGCGAAUUUGUACACCUCGGAGAUGAGGUGUCGGUGGCUAGCAGAGCUACUUGACGGCACAUUCAAGCUACCCAGCAUCAAAGAGAUGGAAAAGGAUAUAGCAGAAUGGGAUGAAUACAUGAAGCAAUACUCUGACAAAAACUACCGGAGAUCUUGCAUCGGUACCCGUCAUAUAUGGUACAAUGACCAACUCUGCAAGGACAUGGGAUGGAACUCAAAGAGGAAGAAGGGAUUCAUCGCUGAGUUGUUCGAGCCAUACGGUCCGAUGGACUAUGCUUGUCCCUAAAGCUCAAGGUUUUUUCUAAAUAAGGUUUUGGUGUGUAAUGUCACUAGCAAGAUUUGACAGACAUUGUGGUGAUGUUACCAACUACCAACUGUGUUUGAAUAAAGUUAAGAGAACUGGAAAUUCUGUUUCUAGUGACAAA